AACAAGAUGAAAGCGACUAUCAUGAACCAGGAGAAACUCGUCGUCGAACUGCAAGCACAAGUGCGCAUUGGUGGGAAAGGAACUGCUCGCCGAAAAAAGGUGGCUCAUCGAACAGCUAUAGCAGAUGACAAAAAACUUCAGGUCUCCUUAAAGAAGUUAGGGGUAAACAAUAUCUCUGGUAUUGAAGGAGUGACUAUGUCCACAAACCAAGGAACAGUGAUCCACUUUAACAACCGUAAAGUUCAGGCAUCCCUGGCAGCGAACCCUUUCACCAUUACAGGCCAUGCUGAGAGGAAGCAUCUGACAGAAAUGCUACUCAGUAUCUUAAACCAACUUGGUGCAGACAGUCUGACUAGUUUAAGAAGGCUGCCUGAAGUUCUGCCCAAACAAUCUGUGGAUGGAAAGGCACCACUUGCUACCAGAGAGGAUGAUGAUGAUGAAGUUCCAGAUUUUGUGGAGAAUUUUGAUGAAGCUUCCAAGAAGGAAGCAAACAGAAUUGAAUCAACUUCUGAAGAAGAUAAAGCUUGAAGAAGUUACUGGGAGCUGCUAUUUUAUAUUAUGACUGCUUUUUAAAAAUUUUGUUCAUGGAUCUGAUAAAAUCUAGAUCUCUAAUAUUUUUAAGCCCCAGCCCCUUGGACACUGCAGCUCUUUUCAGUUUUUGCUUA